AUGUUUGACGGUUCAGCUCUUGAACAUCAAGCUGAUCCAACCCUCGAGCCGGCUCAGUUGUUCCCACCGCCACCACAUCCUUUGGUGGAUUCUGGCGGUGGUCAACGCUUCCUGGUGGAGCGUAUUUUGAACUACCGCGACGUGAAUGGCGUCCGGACGAGUUACCUCGUCCACUGGCGUGGCUAUCCACCGGCGCGUGACAGCUGGGAGCCUCGUGCCUAG